GGGGUUUCGGUGCUUCUCAGCACGGUGACACCAGCCGCCAACUAUCACUCAAAGCAGCAGUAGCUUAGUUCCCUUAUCUACGGCUACAGAAGGACAGUUGUCUAAAAGGCCACGGGGAAAUUAAAGGCGGGGUCCAGGAGAAGAGGGGAGGAGAAAACUUCCCAGUUCCUUUCAGAGGCUCAUGAGAGGCUCCAGAGUUCAACGGCUGCUGAACUCAGCUGAUCCCUGAGAUCCGAGACUGAAGGGGCAGAGCCACCCAGGGAAUAACAGUGAGUGGCUCCUCUUGUCCCUGAGGGUCUCAACCAGCUCGCUCAGAAGGAAGCCGUCUUCCCACUGCCCCAGGAAUUCCCACGGCUCCCUGGAUGGUGGAUCAAGAGACUGCGCCCCUCCCCGCAGGAACUCAAUCAAACGGCUAGCCUUGUGGCAACUAGAAGAAAUUAAGCCAAGAUGAUGUCAUGCCUAUUUUAAUGCCCUGGGGCACCUAGCACACCACUAAGUACUCAAGAGUCUGAUGAAUAUAGUCGCUGCUGCUCCAGGGAGGACAUCCAGAAAAUGGAUAAUUACACAGCAGCCCCGGACGACGACGACGACUACGACGUCUUCAUCAGCGAUGUUCCGAAGAACGACGACAACGAGGUGGAACCACCACCGUGUGACAGAUACAUGGCCCAGGUCCUCUCAGCCCAGCAGGUGCUGCCGUUCUGCGGCACCCUGUUGGUGGCCGGUCUCCUGGGUAAUGCCUUGUUUGUCUUUGUCCUGGUCAAAUAUAAAGGACUGAAAUACGUGGAGAAAACCUAUUUUCUGAACUUGGCCAUUUCCAAGAUGUGUUUCUUGCUUUUCCUGCCCUUCUGGUUUCACACUGCUCUGGAGAGGAGAAGUGCCGAUGAGCCGCUGUGCUGGGUUUUCGCAGGACUCCGCUCGGUGGGUGUAUUCAGUGAGGCGCUUUUCAACACCCUCCUGAUCAUGCAAAGGUACGUGGUGUUUUUCCACGUGAGAUGGUUGUCCCCAGCCUUCAGGACGAUGCCAGGCACUGUGACCACAAGUGUUCUGAUGUGGGUAGUGGCCUUUCUGGUCACUUUGCCUGAAUACGUGCUUUAUCAACCUCAGAUGGGAUUCCAGGAAGACCAGUGGUGCUCCUUGAGCAGAUCCCACUUUCUGCCAGCUGAUGAGACCUUCUGGAAGCAUUUUCUGACUCUGAAGAUGAACAUUUUGGUACUGGUUUUCCCGCUGCUCGUUUUUGUAUUUUGCUACGUGCGAAUGAGAAACCGACAGAGGUUCAGGGAGAGUCCGCCUGACCUUUCUAAGCUCCCAUUUGCCCUGACCGCCCUCUUCCUUUUGAUGUGGGCACCCUACAACAUCGUGCUUUUCCUGUCUGCUUUCAAAGAACACUUCUCCCUCCAUGACUGCAAGGGCAUCUACCGACUGGACAAGAGCGUUCAGGUCACAGAGAUCGUGGCCAUCACCCUCUGCUGCCUCACCCCUCUUCUCUGUGUGUUUCGGAACAGGACACUUAGGAGAUACCUCUGCAGGCGGCUCCUCUGGUGUAACGACACCUCGCCUCAACCCAGCGAGGGGUCAGACCCAGGUACAUCAAGGCAAGAUGAAGUCCACAGCACUGAAAUGUAAACCAGCUAGCACCAACUGCGGGACAAAUAAAUGUUGACUUUUGUCUCUUUGCAUUA